AUGUGUAGGUCGACGGACUACCCGGGCUUCCAGGCCAAGAGAGAAGCCCUAAAGAUUCAAGCCUUCUUCCUCCGCUUCAAGGGUUUGGAUUCUCGCAAGCCCUUGCCGGAGUCGCUCACGCUUUCGUAUCUCCCGAGGAUCAACGGCACCGCGCUCGAGGUCGGCGGGUCGAAGAUCCGACCCGACUCGGCGGCGUUCGUGACGCUCCACCGGGCGGUGAAUGCGAAGGUGAGGAAGGGGGAGGCGAUAUUCGGGUCGCGGGAGGCGGUUCGGGCCGGGGACGGGGUCCGGUUCGAGGCGUAUUUGAGGGAGGAGAAGAUGCUGAAGGGGAUAUUCAGGAAAGACGAGGGGCAGGAUUGGAAAUUGGAAUGCAAGUGUGUGCUGGAGAGCGAGAGUGUCGGGGCGGAGAUUACGGAGGCGGAGGUAUGCGUGGCCGUCGAGGGACACGUGGCGAUGAGCGAGAGGGUGAAAAUGGUGGUGAAAAGGCGGGGAAAGUGUGGGUUUCAUCCGCUGGAGGAGAUUCCGGAGGUGGACGAGGAAUCGGACGGCGAGUGCUUUUGUAUAUGUGGGGAAAUGGACGGUGGAGAUUUGGAGGAGGAUGGUGACGUGGAGGAGGAGUUGGAGAUGGAUGUGGAGGGAGUGAGAUGGGCUGUGGAUGUGGGCUUUUGGGUCAUGUGUUUGGGUGUGGGCUACUUGGUUUCCAAGGCCUCGUCCAAAAGUUUGAGACGCAGGAGAUUGUUUUGA